AUGACUCCCGAGUCCACCAAAAACACACCACCGAGCGGUGCGCCCAAGCAUCGGGCCUGCGAUGAAUGCCGAGCCCGAAAACUCGCCUGCUCCAAGGAGCCCGGCGGAUGUAACCGGUGUCGGAGAGAAGGCAUCCCCUGCCACUACUCCGCCCAGAAACCCAUGGGCCGUCCGCGCAAGCGCCGCCACGUUGACGACCUGUCGACCGAUGAUGCUCUUCUCGCCCCGCCGAAUGCCACCCUAGACUUCUUUGGCCCUGAUGCCGGCUCCAGCACCGCCUUUCUGGACUUGCUGCCGAGCGGCCUCGACGAGCCAGGCCUCUCGGGAGACGCGCCAAAGGAUGCCAACGACUCAUGGAAACACUUCGUAGCUUCACAUCAUCACUCGCCCCCGGAACACCGGCUGCCAUCUUCCUCCAGCGACUUGUCGACAGCAGUCGAGUCGCCAGAUCCCUCUCCCAGAGCAACCGUCAAGGCGAUACCAAGCAUCUCGUGCGGCUGCCUUUCAUCCCUCUACCUCGCCUUGGAAUCGCUUGCUCACCUUCCAUCCGACGUCACUUCGGCCAUGCGCGUGGCCAGAAGCGCAUGCAAGGUCGCGCAGGACGUUGUCGAGUGUCGUCACUGCUCCAACGCGUUUUUCGACGACCCCCUCAAGCCACCGCCCAUCCAGGGGUUCCAGAACCUCAUGUUCCUCGGCGCUCUCGUCCCGUCUGCCUGCAACGCCUACGCCUCGAUCCUCGAGAUGGUCGACGACAAGACAGCUUCGGCCAAGAGAGAGAACCGAACCCUUUUUUUCUCCCUCAAGGACAUGGGGGCGCUCUGGGACACCGCCUCCGCCGACGGCGGCCACUGCUGUGCCAUGCACAGCUUGAACAACAAGCACUUGAAGCCCGAAGCCUGGCAGAGAGCCGUUCGUGCAGUACUCAAAAUGGACGUAUACGGCCUGGGUGGCUGCCCAAGCGCCUCGCCGCCUCCCUUUCCGAGGCGAAAGGGGUUGAAGGACGUGUUGGCGCAGCUGGACCAGACGUCGCGGAGGAGGCACGAGAUUAUAGACGAGCUCAAUGCGAAAGGCCAGGUGCCAAAGCACUCCCCAUAUCUCAUGUCCCCCUUGAACCAGGCGCCGUGCCCGCCCGAGCAGAGAAACUGCGUCAGGAUAAUCGAGACGGCCAGGAUGGCUUUGGAUAGAUUGGUCAUUGCUUAA